AUGAAUCUGAUCUGUUCAAAAGGAGAACAAUGUUAUUGCUUUCUUUCCUUCUUUUUGCUUUGUCAACAAAUCCAUUGCUUGGUGCUGCACAAGACGCCGUGCUUUGACAGCUCCGGUGAGAAGCUGCAGACAGGCGUCGACUAUUACAUAUUACAGGCCGUCAGUGGCAGCGGAGGUGGACUCACCCUAGGCCGCAAUAGUAAUGGCAGUAACUGCCCACUUGAUGUUGUCCAAGAACAAAGCAACGGUAGCAAUGGUCUCCCUUUGAUGUUCUCGUCGGUGAACCCGAAUGAGGGCGUGGUUCGUCUGCUAACUGAUCAAAACGUCAAGUUCUCUGCUGCAACAAUCUGUGUCCAAUCAACAGUGUGGAAGCUCGCUCCUUCUGAUGUGUUGGAGGGACGAUUCGUGACAACCGGCGGUGUUGAAGGAAACCCGGGUCGUGCAACAUUGAGCAACUGGUUCAGGAUUGAGAAAUAUGAUGAUGACUACAAGAUGAUGUUUUGUGCACAUGUGUGUGGUGUCAAUGAAGGUUGCAAAGUUCUUUGUGGAGAUCUUGGCAUUUUUGUUGACAAUGAUGGAACAAGACGUUUGGCUUUGAGCGAGCAACCACUCAAAGUGGUUUUUAACAAGGCCUAAACCUUUUAUGCUCAUAACAUGCAGUUGCUGCAAAUGUAUUUCUUUGAAUUAUAUAACUAGGAGAAU